AUGGCAAAAUCAUUGAGAUCGAAGACAGAGAAAGAGGAGCUGACCAAGGAUAAAUUAUACUCACAUCUUACACGAAACCCAGGCAAGCGUGCAUUCAGGGCGAAGAAAAGGACGUCGACUUCUUCGGAUUAUCAAAAAACUGAGGCAGAACGAUUAAUGAGACUUUCGAAAAAACUUACGGGAUCUUCUGGAGAGGGUGCCGAGGAAGGAUCUUCGACAGCCCAAGAGAUGCAAAUCGAUGAAGGUUCGGAAACUCAAGACGAUUCUGCCUCGAAGCCAACGCCCAAGGUCACAACACAUGGUCCUCGGAUGAGUGGACGAGAGGUGUGGAAAGCGUCCAAACGAGGUAUCCAACUUCGACGCGCACCCAGCACGACGGUAUGGCACAAACGUUCAACUGGGAAACCUCAAAGGCGGAGAUAA